AUGUAUAGGAUGAACCGAUUGAGUAUCGGUAUAAUAACAGCUCCUUCUGAAAUGGAUGAGAUCAUUUGUCAAUGUGCCAUAGUUGACGAGUGUAAACAGAACAAAACCCAAUCUGUGGCCUACAUGCCUAGCCCCAGUAAUGUUGAUGAGUUUUUUGAGGAUAGCAGAAGAGUGAAGAUCAUGUUAAUCAUUAUAUUAGCUGCAGUACUAUGUUCAGUACUAUGCGUUGUCGACCAACAGUAUGCUAUGAAUUUUCAAGAAAGAUAUAAUAUCCCUGCAACGGGAGAAUUAGAUGAAAAUAUAAUUCAACUUCUAAAUAGACCAAGAUGUAACGUGAGUGAAGCAGCUUCCGACGAUGAUCAUUCUUUUAGAGUUAAAUCAAAAUGGUCAAAAUUUGAUUUGAAAUGGUAUUUCCCUCAGGCAACUACAGAAUAUCUUAAAGUAACCAAAAAGGCUUUUGAAGUGUGGAUUGUACGGGGAAAGCACUAUUUUCGAGUAAAUUGCCAAGGUAGAGGUGAGUGCUCCAGUACAUUUGAUGGUCCUGGAAAGGUGUUGGCACAUGCUUAUUUCCCAAAAGGCAACAGUUGUAUAGAGCUUCAUAUUGAUGCUGAUGAUAAGUGGGUUUUAAGUUUGGAUGGAUCAAGUUCAGAAGAUCAGACUAGCCUACUUAUGGUAUUAAUUCAUGAAAUUGGGCAUAUUUUAGGAAUUGCUCACAGUGAUAUUGAGACAGCAAUAAUGUAUCCAUGA